UAUAUAUUACUAUGUUACUAUCAUACUAUAUUACUAUGAAAUAGACUGAAUUAGUAAUGAUUAGGCUAUAUUUUCUUCUAAUGGCCAUUCUUGCUGUAAUCUUAAACAUUCUUUACACAGCCAUUUUUUAUGCAGUAUACAUGCCCAUAUCUAAUUGAAUAACCAAGAGCGGGGACGCGCAGAGUCAGCCUCGUGAAGCAAGCAACAAGUGAUCGUGAUCAACAUUAUUGUAGGCUUAAAAGUUAAUGUAAUAGAUAAACCGACACUGACAGUGCUUUUCCUGGGGUUUUACUAAUUUCUUAUUUUUACUUUUCUUAUUAUUUUCACUAGAAAUGCCAAGAAAUAUGCUACGUUAAGGUGCGCCUCGAAAACUCCUACUUCCCAACUGGCAAUAUCAGUCGCGCAUUCAAAAGUGCUUUUGGCUGGAAAUAUUAAGAAAUCCAACCGAGUGGGCUACUAAAAGUUGUUUAAUCUGACUGAUGUUUUAUAUUGGAUAUCAAGCGAGACGUACAAAGUUGACAGUGCUAACAUAAAAAGGAAAUAACAGUAGACUGGCAUGUUGGCACUAUGCUUAAUUAUUAACUAAACGUUGUUACAUAAUAAAGCACCGUGGGCAUGAUUAAGCCCAUGGUGGCAUGAUGUGCAUGGUAUGAAAAUCCUACUUGCUCAGUUUUGGGUUGCUGUCGUUGUGCUCUCAUCUUAUAGGCCAAUUAAUGAUAUAAGAGUGCAAUGCAGGUGUGAACAGGUGGCUUCACGAUGCAAUGCACAGCUUUGACAUCUGACUGUGCUGGUGGCUGGUGAUGAAAAUGCAAAAACUCCUUCAGGCAUUUGGCGAGAGUUCAGGAUGAUUCAGCUGCAAAGCACCUCCCCCCUCUGCUUGAGCUCUGUAGACUGGACGUACCUGUCCUGACGACUUUCCCAUUCGAGAGAACAUGCACUGACGUUUGCAUCUCUGCUUGGGACAUCCUGGGACAAUCUUGUCAAAACUUACUCUUUGAAAGACUCGGUUCCGCUCAAGACUGACUCACCCUGGAAAACCAGCUGCGACUAUCAUCAUCAUCAUCAUCAUCAUCAUCAUCAUCAUCAUCAUCAUCAUCAUCACUACCAUUUGACAGAGAAGCAGCUCCAGCCAUCGCAUUAAGGCAGAGAGACAGGCAGUACUUCAGUACACCAUGAGCCUGAACGUCCCAGGACUGCUGGUGAUGGUGUUCUUCUACCUGCUGGUGCUGGGGACCGGCAUCUGGGCCUCGGUCAGGUCCAAGCGGGUGGAGGAGAAGAGCCAGGGAGGUGGGACAGAGAUGACUCUUCUAGGAAACCGUGGGAUCAGCUUAGUGGUGGGAAUCUUCACCAUGACAGCUACGUUUGUUGGAGGGGGCUUCAUCAUGGGUCUAACGGAGGCGGUGUACACUCCUACCAUGGGACUGACCUGGGCUGUCAUGCCAUUAACAGCAGCCCUGUCUUUUGUUAUUGGUGGACUUUUCUUCGCCAAGCCAAUGCGAGACAGAAAAUACAUAACAUUGAUGGACCCGUUCCAGAUCAAGUAUGGAAACAUCGUCAGUGGAGUCCUAUCUGUGGCACUGCUCAUAUCUGAAAUUAUCUGGGUGACUGGAACGCUUAUUGGCUUAGGUGCAUCCAUGAGUGUGGUUCUAGAUAUGUCCUACUCUGUUUGCAUCUGGAUCUCCGCUGCAGUGGCUAUUAUCUACACAUUACUGGGAGGCCUCUACUCUGUUGCGUACACAGACAUCAUACAGCUAAUUCUUAUAUUCAUCAGCUUGUGGCUGUGUGUCCCAUUCGUCCUGAUGAACCCUUCAUCAGAAAACAUCACCAAGACCGCUUUCAAUUUCACCUUCCAGGCCCCCUGGGUCGGUACAGUAGAUGCAGACAGAGCCUGGAGGUGGACUGAUAAUUUCUUACUGUUGGCUUUGGGUAACCUGGGUUAUCAAGACUUCCACCAGAGGACGCUGUCAGCCUCCUCCUCAGCCACAGCCAGGGUCACCUGCUUCGUAGCAGCCAGCAUCAUCUUCACCUUUGGAAUCCCCUCUGUGUUGAUUGGAGCAGUGGCAGCAUCAACAGACUGGAACUUGACCUCAUAUGGUUCCCCGUCUCCAUUUGAGCGUGGGGAGGCUGGUCUCGUCCUGCCCAUCGCCCUGCAACACCUCACCCCAAAUUACAUCUCCAUCAUUGGCAUUGGAGCCGUAGCUGCCGCUGUGAUGUCAUCAACAGACUCGGCCCUGUUGUCUGCUGCUUCCAUCUUCUCAAAUAACAUUUACAAGAACAUCUUGAGGACCAAGGCAUCAGAGAGGGAGCUCCAGUGGGUGAUCCGUGUCACCGUGGUGUUGGUGGGUGUGGCUGGCACAGCACUCACCUUCCUGGACAACAGCAUCAUGGUGUUCUGGAUCCUGGGCUCCGACAUAACCUACACCAUCAUUUUCCCUCAACUUAUCUGCGUCCUCUUCUUCAACUUCUCCAAUGGCUAUGGCUUUAUCAUGGGCUUUGUGGCUGGGACGCUGUUGAGAAUUUUGUGCGGAGAGCCAACAUUUGGGUUGCCUGUCGUCCUCCACUUCCCAGGGUGCACUUUGGAGGAUGGUGUUUAUGUCCAGCACGCUCCCAUCCGGACCAUCUGUAUGCUGACUGCCAUCUUCACCACUUUGUUGUUCUCCUACCUGGCAUCACUCCUCUUCAACAGCAGGCUGAUUCCUGAGAAGUGGGAUGUAUUCAAAGUGAAAACCCAACAACUACCACAGGACCUAAUUUUAAGUAAUGGCACCACCAGAGCAGACAAGGAUCAGGAAUCCAAAGUCCAGAAUGAGAGUUCAUUCAUGCUAGAUACAUGAUGUUGAAAACAAAUGAUCUGAAAGAGCAAUGUUUUGUAGGAUGCAACAUCAUAUUUAAAAUAAUUAAUCCCUAGUUUUAUUCUAAUGUUUGCUCUUUGUAAAAUAAAAAUUAUCUCCAGCUUCUUGGCCACACCCUGUGCAUGAGCUAAAACAAACUUACUGGGGUGUGAAGAGUUAUUUUGGAUUUUUUGAAAUGGGACAGUAUGAGGUUCUUAUCCAUAGUUAGUGUAUUGCGAACAGUGGAUGGCGGUCGGCACAGCCCCAGUUUGGAGAAGUCAGCAGAAGAACAUGGGCUUGAAGUCUAGCAAUGUACUGUUGAGGAUGGGGGCAGAAGCCGAACAUGUUUUAGCCACCCAAAUUAAAGACACACCCAAAAAGAAACUGUAUCAGUGUAAGUGUAUGCUAUAUUUAGAAUAUUUUCACUGCUCUACUUUGCCAUCAGACAGCCCUUCUGCUUCCUCUUCCUGCUGGCUUCUCCCAACUGGGUGUGUGCCAACUACCAUGUACUGUUGGCUUCUCUGGGACCGGGCCAGAUCUCAGUGGUAGCGACCCAGUAGACCACCAGGCACACACACACACACACAACCCACCCCCCUGCCUGGCCCUGGUCUCCUUGUUCUGAUCAAUGUGCCUGUAUUACUGUUAGGAUGAUCUAUAGGGAUGUCUUGAAUCACUACAUGUCUUGCCCCUCACCUUGGGCCUCUCUGCCUUGGGUGACCUUACCCAGAACAACAAGGUCCAGACGGCACAGCUCCCAGGAUCACAGGUGCAAACACUAUGAUAAGGCUGAAAGUCCAGGAGGGGUGAGCACAAGUCUAAUAUUCCUAUACUUAAUAAGUGCUGUGCCACUCGUCUUCAUGAUAACUAAAGCAGAUGUUGAACUUCUGUUAAAGUUUGCAUACCACAAACUUCUUUUAAAAUUAUAUAUGAAUAAAAACUGUUAAUUUCACCCUUGUUUGCCCCAAACGACUAUAAAUGGAGAGAUCUCUGUCUGUAUGUGUAUUUGUGGCUCUGUUAUUUCCACGACUGUUCAUCACACUGCCUACAAACUUGACAGGUGUUUUGCUGUGGACCCUUUGGAGUGCAGUGUGGAGUAUGAGUAUUUAUGUGCAAAAGCUGCAAAUCAGUUUUAUAAUGUUAUACUGAGCACGAUGUUGAUGAACCGUGAAAGGCAGGACUCAAAUGCAAGGACACUGGAGCAGCUGGACAGUCUACAGUGCACACAUACUUGCAGCUUUACACAAAACAUGCCAAUAUAUUUCUGUGCUGUCACCCACAGGUUAUUAUCAGAAUGGAGCAGUACACCAUUACCCCAGACUAAUAUUAUCGGAGCAGAGAACCAAACUCAGUGUACAGAUUCACCCCGAAGCACCGUUAAACAUCUUUUCAAGUGUUGCUGAAUAAACCUAAAACAAUAGUUACUCUAUUUACAAUGGUGGUCCAGCACCCAAUCGUUACUUUUUUGUAUUUCCUCAGUCAGGCACAUGAUGCUUCAGUGCAUCAUGUGCCUGAACGUCCCGGGACAGCUGUUGAUGGUGCUCUUCCACCUGCUUGUUUUUGUGUUUUACAUGUGCC